AUGCCUUUAUUUAUUACUGGUACCGGUACAACGCUUGCGAUUGGUGGGAUUAUUUUAUUAUAUACUAUUCAAUUUGAUAUGCUUUAUCCUUCAGAUUGGCCAACUGGAUCAAGAAAAUUUGUAGCGAGGCCAUCGAAAUAUGGAAUUCCAUAUUCAGAAAUAACAAUAUCGACCAAAGAUAAUGUUCGACUUAAAGCAUUUGCCUGUAAACGUCCAAUAGAUCGGGAAGCACGCAAAAGACCAACAAUAUUGAUGUUUCAUGGAAACGGAGGGAAUAUG